AUGGUGAUGAUCUCGAAUUUUCAUACGGAUCUAAUACAUGAUGCUGUGCUAGAUUACUACGGCAAGAGAUUAGCUACUUGUUCUUCAGAUAAGACAAUUCAGAUCUUUGAAGUUGAAGGCGAUUCUCAUAAGUUAGUUGAAACAUUACAUGGGCAUGAAGGGCCUGUUUGGCAAGUUGAUUGGGCCCAUCCUAAGUUUGGUGUUAUUUUGGCUUCUUGUUCUUAUGAUGGCAAGGUUUUAAUCUGGAAAGAAGAAAACGGUAGAUGGUCACAAAUUGCCACCUAUGAGGUUCACUCUGCUUCAGUGAAUUCAAUUAAAUGGGCUCCACAUGAAUAUGGCCCGUUGCUACUAUGUGCAUCUAGUGAUGGAAAGUUUUCUGUUGUAGAAUUUAAAGAAAACGGUACUACGUCUCCCAUAAUUAUUGACGCUCACGCAAUUGGCGUAAACUCUGCAUGCUGGGCACCUGCAAUUGUGGACGAAGAUGGUCAACAACAACAAUUACGGAGGAUUGUCACAGGUGGUGCUGAUAAUCUAGUGAAGAUCUGGAAAUAUAGCCCUGAUUCUAACACUUAUCUGUUAGAAGACACUUUGUCUGCUCACACUGACUGGGUUAGAGACGUUGCUUGGUCUCCUUCAGUCUUGCCUCGUACAUAUCUGGCCACAGUAUCCCAGGAUCGCACGUGUAUCAUUUGGACCCAAGAAAAUAACCGUGGUCCAUGGAAAAAGACUUAUCUAAGGGAAGAGAAAUUCCCAGAUGUGUUGUGGAGAGCUAGCUGGUCAUUGUCUGGCAACAUAUUAGCAUUAUCUGGUGGGGAUAACAAGGUGACUUUGUGGAAGGAGAACUUGGAGGGCAAGUGGGAACCUGCAGGGGAAGUUGAGCAGUGA